AGGUAUUACUUUGAUUCAAAUAACAAAACUGGAGCCAAAAACAAAAAUGGAUAUGCCAAGGAUGUCUUAUGUGGCCGCGGUUGUUCUUUUCCUGUCUUUCACAUCUGUAGAUUGCGAACCCGUUACAUAUUACAUGGACACCAAAUGUGACCAGUCCAUCUCCAUGUACUCCGGUUCCGCUCUGUUAGAUCUGACCAGUUUUGACAACUAUGACCCCAAUAUGAAAUGCGUGGUGAGUCUGCAGUCCAACGAACAGUACAUGAAUCGCAUUAUGGUCAAGGUCAUCUGGAUGGACAUUGAAGAAGAAUACGUGUCUUGUACCUACGAUCGACUGAUGAUCUACGACGGCAUUAACAGUCAUAGUUCUAGACUCACAGGACGCUACGGGCUAUGUGGUAAUGUGGCGCCGGCAACCAUUUACAGAACGACGGGCGACUGGGUCACGUUCAACUUCACUAGUGACACUUCCCGUCAAGGGCGGGGAUUCCAGCUGCUUGUCACGGGCUUUGAUGAUAGUGGAAUUUGCUUGACCAGCUCCGAGUACGAAUGCAGCAAUGGUUUCUGUGUUGACGAGGACCUAGAAUGCGACGGCUACAACAACUGCGGCGACAAUUCGGACGAGUUGCUGUGCUCCCUGUCUGUGGGAGGGAUUGUGGGUAUCAGUGUAGGCUGCGUGGCAGGAGCCUUCAUCCUGGCCGCCAUUGUUGUUCUAAUAGCUUCCAGAAAUAAGACCUCUUACCGACAUGUACAGCCUGCAGUGACCGAGAGAAGUUACAUACCCGGGAAUGGACAGCCUUACACAGUUUAUGGCAGUCCAAUAUCACAGAGUACUUUACCGCCUGCGUACGGCACGCUGUACUCACCUCCAUAUCCUGUUCAGGGUCAAGCUGCUGGGUCAAAGGUCGACACACAAGCAAAGUAAUACUGGAGACUAUAUCACGUGCUUAUGUCAACAAACAACAAACUGAGCAGCUGCCAAGAUGUGUGACCAUGACGUAUAGAGCUUACGCCUUUUUUUCUAUGAGUUUAAUACGGACAACUCUGUAUAUGUAUUAGUUCAAAAUGGACGUCAUUCUUGAAAGUUUUAAGAUGUAUAUUUGUGUAAAAAUUAUGGAUGCAUAUUUACUAUAGUGCACAAAAGAAGUAUGUAAAUGUAUUCAAUUACUAAAUCAAUGUGAUAUUUUCCCCGCUAUAGCAAUUUGACGCCUUGAGGAAAAGAAGAUCCUUUUUGAUAUUGAUGCUUGUAAGUUGUGUAUCAUAUGACAUAUCAUUCAGAAGGCCUCCGUGACCUAGUGUUUGUCGUGAUAGCGCAACACUAUGGUCCAAGAGCAUCCUGCAAAAUGCCAUUACUGUGAGCUGAUAGUCAGCUUAUAUUGGCUUCUUCUCCGGUCGUACGUGUGAAAGUCUGCCAGCGGAUAAUCGCGGAUUUCCAUCGGGGAAACAUAUGCAAAUAAUACCCAGUUGUGUUUUGUCUUCCUAAUUUGUCUAAAGUGUUGUUUCAUUUUGUAAAUAAAAGCUAAAAUUUUUUUUAUAUUUUAAAAUAAUAUUUUAGUUAUCAUGGUUAUAAAUGGGAAAACAAGCUGUAUCUUCCGUCUUCAAAGUUCAUAUUACUUGCAGGAACGCAAUACAACUAUGAAUACGUCUCUUCAUGCAUGACAUUCAUAUCUAUAAUAAGUUACAAAGUUUCGUGUUUUUUCCUCCUAGGGUUGUUGUCGGUUUUGUCUUGUUACCGUAUGAGCCAUUUUUUUAAAGAUUUGGCUUCACAGGCUCUCUAGUCUGUGAUAUUUUACUGGUGUCGUAAUUUAAGCACUUAAAUUGUGACCAUUGUUUUACCGAACGGCUUUCAUUUCUCGAUUUCAUUCAAUUUCUUGUACUAAAUAAUGAAGUACACAUGUGUGUAGACUCGGCUUCUGUACUAAAUAAUGAAGUGUACAUGUGUCUAGACUCAGCUUCUGUACUAACUAAUGAAGUGUACAUGUGUGUAGACUCGGCUUCUGUAUUAAAUAAUGAAGUGUACAUGUGUGUAAACCCGGCUUCUAAAGAUAGCUCCAAUAGCUAUUACAUCAAUACAUGUAAUGGAUGUGAGCACCCAAUUUAGUGUUGAAGUCUGUAAAACCAAUGUUAUAAAUGAUGUAUUUUGUGAGGUUUGAAACAUUAAUCAUUGAUAUCUACAAUAUCUACAAACCAGAUAUUAUAACUUCCAACAUCUCUGUGAUAUCAGGAAUUUAUUUAUAAUAAAGUGUUAGCAUCU